UGAAAAUCGGAAAACACUUGGUGUUGAAUACCAAGAGAAGAACACACUGAAGAGUUCAAGCUCAGUCAAUUGUCAAGGACCUCCUGCUCACAGCAUCAUCUUCACGGACAUUCAACCCAUGAGUGAAAUGAAGAUGCUGGUGGCACUGCAGUUGCUCCUUUACUUUGUCAUCUGCUCGUGUGACACGAAAUGUGCAACUUAUUACACUGAAAGCAAUAACAAUGGAAAAACACUUCUUGUCACAAAAAACAUGGUGGCUAAGGACAACGUGAAGGGUGGUGAUAAAGUCUUCAAAGUAAACGUUGAGAGUCGAUGCUUGUUUUUCACAGACAAGUCUGUCUAUGAUGGAGGAGAUUACACUGUGAAUGACACAACCUCGAUUGUGCAGUGCUGUUGUGAGUUCUACAGUAGCGAUUAUGAGAGAUUCCUAAACCGUCACCAGCUCAACAGCAUUAACCAAUCCUUGAAAGAAGAAGUUAAAAGAAGAUGUAUCCCGAUUAGAAACAGAAAAGUAAAUACUUUUGUAACUGCUACAGAAGUCCAGCUAAAAGAAAUUUGUGGGAGUAAAAAUAUUAUCGAUUGUAAGAGCAAAAAUUCAUUCACAUUACACAACAUUCAGAUGCUGAACAACAGUAAUUACAUUGAUGAGACCAUAAACAUAACCAAUAGUCCAAUUGUGGUGACCUGUAAUAGUAAAUUACCAGUUCACUUUGUAUGUUUCAAUCAAACAGAUCAAAACUUCAACAAUUAUACGACAUGCUAAUAAAGGAAAUAUUGGGAUGGUGGCUUGGCUUCUUCUCCCUCAAAAAAGUAAACAGCCACCCUUACCUGUAAUAUUUGCUUCAGUUCAAUUCUAUUUGCUUCAUUUCAUUUCAAUUCUAUUCAAUUAUAUUUGUUUCAAUUCAAUGCUACAUUUUUAUAUAGCACACUUCUCCCUGGUAAGCUCUCAUUUUCUUGUUAACAGGGAUGCCUUAAUUUCACACAGAAAGUGCAUUCACAGGAAUACCAAUGACAUACAAUUCCAAGAAUACCUUUAGGACCUUUAGGGUAAUUAUAAUACAGUAGAUCAAGAUUGAGCCUAAGGGAGAAUGUUAGGCUGACUAACAAUUUCAAAUCUGCCUCGUGUACACAAGUUGUCCUGUAAUGGACUGCCAUCCCAUCCAGCACUAUUUUCUACAAAACUGAAAACUCAUUUUCUAAAAAGAUUUACAACAUAUUGGUUGAAAGAAGAUGACUGCUGUAAAGAUAAAGAGUUUGUUUUGAAAUUAAAAGGCUUUGCUU